AUGAUGGCCUUCAAUUUUUCAAACCAAGUAAAAUCACGCGUUUUGACAGGUUUAACCCGGCGGACAAUGACCUUCUACACACACCCUACUCAACCGUUGACUUCGGUCUUCCACCGUGAACCAUUGGUACCACAAAUAGCCGGAAGUACCGACAAACAAUUGCUCGUGUUCAUUCCAGGGAAUCCAGGACUCAUUGACUAUUACACCACAUAUCUUGAGAUCAUUCAAAAGAAAUACCCCACGCUUGAACUCUUCAAUAUAUCACACGCUGGGUUCCAAACAACCGAUAACUACAUAGAAUUGGGGGAAGGUACACCAUUUGAAUUUUAUAACCUUGAGUUCCAGAUUAAUCAUAAAGUUGAGGUGUUGCGAGAAUUCCUUUCUGACCGUAAGGAGAAGACUCAAUUAUUUUUCUUGUGUCAUUCUGUUGGGGCAUAUAUUUCACAAAGAGUAGUUCAAUCCAUUCUUGCUGACCCGGAGUUGGCCGCCAAGGUUGAGGUCCGAUUUGUGGGUUUAAUUUGCCCUACUAUCCUUGAUAUUCAUAAAUCAUCUUCGGGUGUAUUCCUUUGUAGAUUAUUAUGGCUACUUCCCUUGGUACGUGUAGUAUUAUUACUCACAUCAUUUCUUAAAUUGAUCCUUUCCGAGAGUACUCUUAAACGUAUUGUGCAUUACAAGCUUAACACCAAAGCCCUUCGUCAAGAGAAUAAUCCAGAUGCACAAGAUAACAUGCAUAACUCGGUGAUUGCCACUUACAAUUUGGUACUGUCCCAACGUAUUAUUAAACAAGCACUUACAUUAGCUGAAGAAGAAAUGGUUGAAAUCACUCAAGAUGAUGAUACAAAUGAUUUUUUCUUUAAAGAAUUACCAUCCAAGGGGUAUGGUGUAAAGAUAUGGUCAUUUUUCGCUGAUCUGGACUAUUGGGUUCACGAUACCUCAAGAGAUGCAAUUUUGGCUAAGUAUCAUGACCCAGAAAAUAAAAAUUUGUUGUUUGAGAUUGGUCAUGUGGGUGGAAUUACCCAUAGUUUCUGCGUGGAUCAAAACACGGAAUUUGCAGCUAUUACAUGUGCUGCGCUUGAAAAACUUUUUCUGAAUGGUUUAUAA